AUGUGCGGCGGAGCCAUCCUCGCGGGCUUCAUCCCGCCGUCGGCGGCCGCCGCGGCGGCCAAGGCGGCGGCAGCCAAGAAGCAGCAGCAGCAGCAGCAGCGCAGCGUGACGGCCGACUCGCUCUGGCCGGGCCUGCGGAAGAAGCCGGCCGAAGAGGAGGACUUCGAGGCCGACUUCCGCGACUUCGAGCGGGACUCCAACGACGACGACGACGCGGUCGAGGAGGUCCCCCCACCGCCGGCCACGGCGGGCUUCGCCUUCGCCGCCGCGGCCGAGGUCGCGCUCCCGGCUCCGACCCGCCUAGGGCCUGAUGCUAUUCAACAUGAUGGACCUGCUGCCAAAUCAGUGAAGCGCGUUCGGAAGAAUCAGUACAGAGGGAUCCGCCAGCGUCCCUGGGGGAAAUGGGCAGCUGAAAUCCGUGACCCUAGCAAGGGUGUCCGGGUUUGGCUCGGGACAUACGACACUGCUGAGGAGGCAGCCAGGGCAUAUGACGCUGAAGCCCGCAAGAUCCGUGGCAAGAAGGCCAAGGUCAAUUUUCCUGAGGAGGCUCCAACUGUUCAGAAGUCCACCCUGAAGCCAACUGCUGUGAAAUCAGCAAAGCUGGCUCCACCUCCGAAGACCUGCGAGGAUGAGCCCUUCAAUCACCUGAGCAGAGGAGACAAUGAUUUGUUCGCGAUGUUUGCCUUCAAUGACAAGAAGGUUUCUGCAAAGCCAGCUGAAAGUGUGGAUUCCCUUCUUCCAGUGAAACCUCUUGUGCCCACUGAGACAUUCGGGAUGAACAUGCUCUCUGACCAGAGCAGCAAUUCAUUUGGCUCCACUGACUUUGGGUGGGACGACGAGGCCAUGACCCCAGACUACACAUCCGUCUUCGUUCCGAAUGCUGCUGCCAUGCCGGCAUACGGCGAGCCCGCUUACCUGCAAGGUGGAGCUCCAAAGAGAAUGAGGAACAACUUUGGUGUAGCCGUGCUGCCUCAGGGAAAUGGUGCACAAGACAUCCCUGCUUUUGACCAUGAGAUGAAGUACUCGUUGCCUUAUGUCGAGAGCAGCUCGGACGGAUCGAUGGACAGCCUUCUGCUGAAUGGUGCGAUGCAGGACGGGGCAAGCAGUGGGGAUCUCUGGAGCCUUGAUGAGCUCUUCAUGGCGGCUGGUGGUUAUUGA